AAUAUGCCUGUAAUAUCAAAGCAUAUAUCUAUUUUCUUUACCCGGGAUCCGCAACGGCUUCAGAGUGAAAGUGGGCGUGGACAAACCCUUUAUAUAUACUCUUGUUGUUUUCAAUCGUAAAAACGCCUAUCACAGCGACUCCAUAUUCAUUCUUUGUAAGCUUCAGACAGGCAAAACAUUAUAAUAAACUGCUCGAGAAACCACGCAUUUGUGUAUAAUAAUAUCAACAAAGAUUUUUCUUCGCAGGGGGACAAAAAAUGGCAUCGAAUCUGUGCAUUGCUCUGAUCUUGGUUAUUCUUUUGAUUGACAGCACAACGGCCCAUGGUCCGGCACUCUACGUUAAUGGCGAAAUUGGUUGCCAAUCAACUGCAGGAGACUGUAGUACAUUUGGAACUCCAAACAACCCAGCGUUGUCAUGCCAACAUGUGAAGGAUGCGUGCCCCGAUGCUUCCAGUGGUUUCUACCAUAUCGAAUCAGCUGGUCUUUACCGAAAGGUGUUCUGCGAGAUGGACGUCGAGGGAGGUGGUUGGGCCCGCUACGGCCAGUCAAACCAGGGAACCGAAUGGAACUACGUCGAUGAAGACACCGUCGAGGUCACGCUCGACAUCAUUACUCCUUCAGAAGUCAAAGAGAUGAUGGAUCUUAAAUACAAUCAAUUCCUGGUCCAGACUGAUGUUGCUUUCCAAAUGGUGGCCGAUGACAGCGUCAAUCCUUCUCGCCUCACCACCCGAUCUAUUCCUUGGCUUGAGGAUACACUUCUCUUCAUUCCUGAUUACGGCAACGACCAUACUCGUAUCGAAUUCCCGUCCGGCAGUGUUGAUCAAGUGACAUGCAUCCCGGGCUCUUCCAGCAAGUGCGGACAGGGAGGGGGGCUACCACCAGCUAAUGGAAUAUCAGGGCGCUUCUUCUUCCAAACGCUCUCCUUCUCACCCCGGGGUGCAGGGUCAUCUACCAUCAAUGACCAAUGGCAUCGCAACAGAUACACCUGGAAUGGAAGCUACUACUAUGUGUAUGCCAAGUAAUAAGUUUUGCUUUGUGGCAUUCUGACAAGAUAGUUGCUUCCCACCUUACUAUACUCGUAUUUACCUAAUGUACAUCUGAAAGUAUAUGCAAGGCUUACAGUUGCUGCUUGAUCACAUAACAAAACAGCUGUAAUAUGAAUAAUAAUAACCUAUAUUGGAAACCCUUGAUAAUUACUAAUCACACUAUUUGCAGCCUUAAUGAAGUCAUCCAUCUAUCUGAAUCUGAAUAUUAUUUGCUAUCGCAGCCUUCUAUCUUAGAAAUUUUGCCUACGUACCCAUGACAACGUAAUACUUUUUUAUGUGUUUGCUUUUUAGGAAAAAUCCAUGAAACAUGAAUUAAAAUGUAUCAUUUUCUGAUUACUUCAUUUGUUUCAUACUGUGUAAUUACCUAUUGGAAAUUGACAGAAAUAAAGAAAUUUUACAGAAACUGCAGUUCCAAACAGUUCCAAACGUACAUGACCUUACCUCUGCAAAAUUUAUGCUAAAACAAUCAUACUUCCUACAUUUAUUGUACUAUGUAACCGUUCGGUAAUUAUUAAAUGUUAACAUACAUGUAGAGAUGUAAUAAAGCAAACAUUUAAACAAAUGAAA